UCCUUUUGUCGCAGCGUUCACACAGAGUCAAACCAGCUUCAGAUCAGCUUCAGGACCUCCUCUGUCCACUGUCUGACAGUGAUCGGCCACAGGAUCACAGCAGGUGCGAGGACCAAAACCAUACAUUUUCUGUGGAAGUGGGACAAGGACGGACUGAUCUUCCCUGAGAGGGCGGGGGUCGGGUGUUUUUUUUAGGGGGUACCACUCACUCAUUCACACACAAACACACCUCCUCCUCAGCAGCGGCAUCCUGAGCAGACCCUCGGUCAUUUUCACUGUGAAGCAGCAACAGGUUGAUCAGCAGCAGCAGCUCAGUGAAGGCUGAACAUGCCGAGCAAGAGCCAGUGUCUGCGCCCUCGGCUGUGCGCGCUGGAGAAAGGCGACAACGGCUACGGCUUCCACCUCCACGGGGAGAAAGGUAAGACUGGACAGUUCAUCCGACUUGUGGAGUCCGACAGCCCGGCGGAGACUUCGGGGCUCCGCGCAGGAGAUCGACUGGUGUUCGUGAAUGGCGAGGAAGUGGAGAACGAGAGCCAUCAGCAGGUCGUGUCCCGGAUACGCGCCACCGUGGGCUCUCUGGAGCUCAUAGUGGUGGACCCCGACACGGAGCAGCUGCUGAAGAAACACAACAUGAAGUGUCUGAAGGAGUAUGUCACCGACGGUGUCCCGUUACCCUUCGACGACGAAGGGGAGGAAGAGGAGGAAGAGGUGGUGGUGGUGGAGGAGGAGGUUGGUGAUGAAGACGCGCACGGAGACGCGCGUCACAGCAAGCCAAACGAGGCAGAGACAAAUGAGGAGGUGGUGGUGGUGGUGAUGGUGGAGAAGCAGGAGAAGCAGCAGCAGAAGCAGCAGAAGCAGGAGGAGGAGGUGUUGGUGGAGGAGGAGGAGGAGACACCCAGGGAGUCCACGAAGAGUAACGGGGAGAUCCACGAGCACGCUGAGAAGAAGCUGAGCGUCAGCUCAGAGAAGGAGUCGCGCAGUGAACUGCGGCCGCGGCUCUGUGUCGUCCAGAGAGGCUCUAAUGGAUAUGGCUUCAACCUGCACAGCGAGCGGGCGCGGCCAGGCCAGUACAUCAGAGCUGUGGAUGAAGACUCUCCAGCAGAGAGGGCCGGCCUGCUGGCAAAGGACAGGAUAGUACAGGUGAACGGUGUGUCACUGGAGGGGAAGACGCACUCACAAGUCGUGGCUGCCAUUAAAGCUGGAGGGAGUGAGGCCCGGCUGCUGGUGGUGGACCCUGACACUGACGCUUUUUUCAAGAAGUGCAGAGUGGCGCCCAACCUAGACCACCUGACCGGUCCACUGCCGGAGCCUGUCGUUAAUGGAGGAAUGGAGGAGAAGGUGAAUGGUCGACAGGCAAAGGAGGCAGAGAGAGACUCAAAGCUGUCAAUCAGUCCCUCUCCGUCCAGCGCCUCCUCCAACACCUCCCUCACAACCCCAACCACAAACACCCCACCUGAGGGUUUGAUGACAGAGGCCAUCCCAGCUCUCAACCUGUCCCUGCAGCAGGUCAAAGAGCGCGCACACCAGAAGCGCUCCAACAAGAGAGCGCCGCCCAUGGACUGGACCAAGAAAAAUGAACUCUUCAGCAACCUAUAGGGCACUUCCACACCUUACACAUACAUGUAUACACAGAUUUUUUUUAAUCAUAGUGAUUCUUAAAACAAAAGAGAUAUUUUUAUUAUAAUGACAUUAAAAUAGCAGUUUAACUACUGGCAGCAAAAAAAUAAACAAAAAUCCAAGCCUUUUUGUAAGAUACUCUAUUCUUCUUAUGACUGCUCUUGUUAUCGUAAUCCACAUAUUAUACAUAUAAUGUGCUACUAACGAUGAAAGAUGUAUAUGCCAAUGAAAGUGAUGUGGAGAAUGUGUAUGAAUGUGUGCGUUUAUAGUUAUUUAUGCCCUGUGAAUAUGUGGGCAUGUCCACACACACACACACACACACACGUUUACACAGUUACUUCCAUUUCAUUUGGACAGCCUAAACGAAGUGUUAUCCAUAACCAGUUAGUGCCUAACCCUGACCACUCUGAUCCCGGUGUAAUGCCUGUGGAAAUGAGGAGCAUUUGAUCGUCGUGCUAUAUUUAAUAACCGUCUCUCCCUUACAUUAAAGCUGCUGUAUGUCAGAUUAUUCCAGAUUAAUGCCAAUGAAUAAACAGAUUGUGCAGCGUAUCGCCUGACUGAGAUGAUUUGGAGAUUGGUCGUUUUAUCAAAAACUAGUAUUGCUUUGGUGAACCUCAUCAGUGUCCGGGUGUGGCAAGCCCAGUUCAGUUACUAUAGAAAACCCUUUACAGGUAGAACCCUAACCCCGGACACCUGUGGUAAAGCACCGUGCACGUUUUUAUCAAACCAGCCUGGCAAUCACUUCAGAGCUGAAACAUCACACUCAAGAGUGGUGACACACUGAAAGUCAUUUUAGAUUUUUUUGGGGAAAUAUUUACUGAAGGCUUUAAACUGGAAAGAACUGUAUAUGAAAAUAGGUUAUUUUAUAACGCAUGUAUAUAUCUUAUACCAUUUUUCAUUUUACUCUUAUUGAUUUAUGAUUUUUAUGAUUUAGUGAAAUUCCAUCCUUUGAAGAAAUGUGAACUCCAGUUAAUUAUAAGUAACUUAUACCAUCCUCACUUUGCCGUCACGUCCCCCCCACGUGUGCUGAAAUGGCUGUUCAGUACACGUGUUUAAGCACAGAUUUGUAUUGCUUUUAAUAAAUAAUAACUUUACACAUUUCUAUUGAACAACAAAAUGGUGUGAUUUUUAGAUUCUUAUUUCUAUGCCUGUGCUUCACUAGAUUUGAUGUAUUUGUCCAAUUUUGAGAAAAAGUGAUCAUUUUGAAGUUAAAUGAUUGAACAAUAGGAUGAGGUUUUUUUUUUAAAAUAUAAAGCACGUGUAAGUGAUUUCUAUACUGUAAUAAAUCGGUCAUUGCAACAACA